GGUCACACUUUUGUUUUGUUUUGCCUUGCAGCACGACUUUUUAAAUUGCAAUUGCAGCAUGGCCGAAGAACCCGAGGAACCCGGCAAGAGCUUCGUUAUCUUUGGCCGGGAUGUGGCGCAAAUUCCGUGCUUUCGUAACAGUUUUCUCUACGGCAUCAGCGGCGGAAUCGGAAUCGGCCUGCUAACUUUUCUGGGAACCUCGCGAACCCAUCUGUCCACCCACGUGGGAUUCGGAUCCUUUUUCUGCGGCACCAUCGCCUACUGGAUGUCCUGCAGAUAUCAGUGGUCCGCGCGGAGAUUCGAGCAGCAGCAACUACGGGAGGCCAUGCGACGACAGGCCCUUUAUGAGGGCACCGAAGUCGAGCGGGAUUUAGAUCUUAAGUCGGCGUAGCAUAAGUCAGUUCCUAUGCCAUUUUACCACUUCGAUUCUUGUGUCUGCGCUCGGGUACCAAAUAAUUCAGGUAUUUUUAAACCCCUUUGUUGUAAAUUACCCUUUGUUACUGAACAGCUUUAUAAUAGCCAAUAUAUUACAUUGUAAGUAAAGUCUUACCUUGAAGUAAUUUGCGACUUGACGCGUUUUAUUGUUAAAUAGGGAAUUAAUUAAAAAACCCUACUAAAGUCCUACUACUCACAUAA